AUGGUUGCUCCACUGAACCUAGAAGAAGGACAAUCAUCAACAAGACCACCUCGUUUCAAUGUCCAGUUCUAUAGCUGGUGGAGAAAAAGUAUGCACGACUGUCUAAUGGCUGAAGACAGCGAGUUGUGGGAUAUAGUACUGGAUGGACCCUUCAUCCCUACAACUGAAUACAACGAGGCGGACAGAAAGAAGAUCGAGAAAAGCUACAGAGCUAAGAAGUUGCUAGUGUGUGGAAUAGGUGCUGAUGAAUACAACUAUAUCUAUGCGUGUGAAUCGGCAAAAGAAAUCUGGGAUUGUCUGAGAACAGCUCACGAAGGCACAGAGCAGGUGAAGGAAUCAAAGGUGGAUAUGUUGACCACCAAAUAUGAGAACUUCACAAUGAAGGAGAGGGAAACUAUUCACGAAAUGUAUACGAGAUUCUCCUCCAUAACCAACGAGCUACGAUGUUUGGGAGAACCUAUUCAUUCUAGUAAGCAGGUCAGGAAGAUUCUUCGAGUACUUCCCACGUCAUGGGCAAGCAAAGUGGAUGCCAUUACUAAGGCAAAGGACCUGAAGGUUCUAACGAUGGACACUCUGAUUGGUAAUAUUCAGACUCGUGAAAUGAAUAGAAACCAAGACCCUUCAAGGAAGGAGGUAAAGAAAGAUAGGUCCCUAGCUCUAAAAAUCUCUCAAAGUGACGUCUCCAGUGAAGAGGAAGACAUGGCUUAUCUCAGCAAGAGAUUUCAAAAAAUUGUGGGAUACUUCAUAAGAGAUUGUUUGAUGCUCAAAGCUGAAACCAGAGAGCAUCAAAGAUCCGGAGGUAAAAAUGAUAGAAGGAGGGACCUAGUACCUGAAAAGAAUGCAAGAAAACCUGCAGUUGAAUAUGUGGUUAACAAAGCUUUGAUUGUGUGGGGUGAUUCAUCAAGUGAGUCAGAAGAAUCAGAAUGUCCAGAUGAUGCAUCCAUGAUGGUUGUUAAAGAUGAUGAGAAUGUGUUUGAUGGCUUGUUCGCUCUUAUGGCCAAAUCUGAUAGCGAGGAAGACAAACAAAAGGUAACACUUCUUGACCUUAAACAAAACUUGAAUACUUACUUUGUUAGAAUGUUGAGAAAUGUAGCUGAUGUCCUGAUUGAUUCUGUUAUAAAGUUAACUGCUGAAAAGGACUCUAUGAACAAUAGUCUCGAUAAGUUUAGUGAAGAAAAGACAGCUCUGACUAUCCAUAUGUCUGUUAUUGAGGAACAAUUGACUGUUCUAGAUAUUGAAAAUCUAGAACUUAAGGAACAAUUGGGUAUUAUGAAUGAGAAAUCCGGCAAAUGA